AUGGCAGACUGCCCCCACACUAUUGGAGUCGAGUUUGGCACGAGGAUAAUCGAGGUGAGCGGACAGAAGAUCAAACUGCAGAUCUGGGACACUGCGGGACAGGAGCGCUUCAGGGCCGUCACACGCAGCUACUACAGGGGUGCAGCAGGGGCACUCAUGGUCUACGACAUCACCAGGUAGGCCAGGACCUCAGCUCGGCCUUACUUGGAGUGACUAUCAGGGCCGGCACCAGAACGAAUCAGUUGGACGGGCAUUUGAUUUCCGCCCAAAAAAAUUACGCUAGAACUGCUCGGCUUCGAGGGACCCCCCUUCAAGCUAAUGAGCUGUCAUUCUGACUGCAACAUUCUAACAGUGUUAUGAAUACAUUUCAUAUAUGCUAUCGCAAAUAUAAUCAUUUGGUUGUGUUUAUGAAGGUCUUAGGUAACAUUAGAAUAUGAUUAUAUAUUUUUCAAAUAAAACAAAAGCAUUUGAAUUAGUUUGUUACUUUUGGUCAUGUAGUGUAUAUCCAACAGUAUGCGGACACCUGCUUGUCGAACAUCUCAUUCCAAAAUCAUGGGCAUUAAAAUGGAGUUGGUCCCCCCUUUGCUGCUAUAACAGCCUCCACUCUUCUGGGAAGGCUUUCCACUAGAUGUUGGAACAUUGCUGCAGGGACUUGCUUCCAUUCAGCCACGAGCAUUAGUGAGGUCGAGCACUGAUGUUGGGCCAUUAGGCUUGGAUCGCAGUCAUCGUUCAAAUUCAUCCCUAAGGUGUUUGAUGGAGUUCAGGUCAGGCCUCUUUGCAGGCCAGUCAAGUUCUUCCACACCGAUCGCGACAAACCAUUUCUGUAUGGACCUUGCUUUGUGCACGUGGGCAUUGUCAUUCUGAAACAGCAAAAGAAGGGCCUUCCCCAAACUGUUGCCACAAAGUUGGAAGCACAGAAUCGUCUAGAACAGGGUUUGGCAAACCUGGUCCCGGAGUGCUGCUAGCACUUCAUGGUUUUGAUUUAACCUGACCUGGAAGACCAGGUGUGUUGAAUUUAGGCAAUCAUUGAACUGAUCAAUUAGCUCAGUUGGUCAGGUGUGGUGCCUAGUUGGAACAAAAUCCUGCAGUACCUGCGGCACUCCAGGAACAGGGUUGCCUACCCCUGGUCUAGAAUGUCAUUGUAUGCUGUAGCGUUAAGAUUUCCCUUCACUGGAACUAAGGGGCCUAUUCCGAACCAUGAAAAACAGCCCCAGACCAUUAUUCCUCCACCAAACUUUAUAGUUGGCACUAUGCAUUCGGACAGGUAGCGUUCUCCUGGCAUCCGCCAAUCCCAGAUACGUCUGUUGGACUGCCAGAUGGUGAAGCGUGAUUCAUCACUCCAGAGAAUGUGUUUCCACUGCUCAAGAGUCCAAUGGCAGCGAGCUUUACACCACUCCAGGUGACGCUUGGCAUUGCGCAUGGUGAUCUUAGGCUUGUGUGCAGCUGCUUGGCCAUGGAAACCUAUUUCAUGAAGCUCCCGACGAACAGUUAUUUUGCUGCCGUUGCUUCCAUAGGCAGUUUGGAACUCGGUAGUGGGUGUUGCAACCGAAGACAGACAUUUUUACGCGCUUCAGCACUUGGCCUCUCCCGUUCUGUUAGCUUGUGUGGCCUACCACUUCGCGGCUGAGCCAUUUUUUGCUCCUAGACGUUUCCACUUCACAAUAACAGCACUUACAGAUGACUGGGGCAGCUCUAGCAGGGCAGAAAUUCGACAAACAUGACUUGUUGGAAAGGUGGCAUCCUAUGAUGGUGCCACGUUGAAAAUCACUGAGCUCUUCAGUAAGGCCAUUCUACUGCCAGUGUUUGUCUAUGGACAUUGCUUGGCUGUGUGCUCGAUUUUAUACACUUGUUAGCAACGGGUGUGGCUAAAAUAGCCGAAUCCACUAAUUUGAAGGGGUGUCCACAUACUUUUGUGUAUAUAUAGUGUAUUAAAAACAAACAAAAAACACUAAACACCAAAAUUCAAGUGUUCAUUACAAUUUAUCCGUGGAGUGCCUUUGUUACAACUAUAAAACAGAAAGUGUAUGUGUUGGAACGCGGUAACAGCUUAUUUUUAUAAUGAUAAAAUACCCCAACCACGACGCACGGUCAGCAAGAUAUCCGGUCAAAUUAUGAAAACAUCAGUAGCCUAAACAUCAUUAUAAGCCCCAAGUGUGCUUGAUAAAUAGUGAAAAUCAGCACAAAAAGCAACAAUGGCAUUAUAUACUUUCAGAAAGUAUUCAUAGCCCUUGACGACUUAUUUUUCUCACCCAUCUACACACAAUACCUCAUAAUGACAAAGUGAAAACAUGUUUUAGAAAUGUCAGCAGAUUUAUUGAUAAUGAUGUACAAAAAGAUCAUAUUUACAUAAGUAUUCACACCCCUGAGUCAAUACUUUGUAGAAGCAGCUUUGGCGUCGAAUACAGCUUUGAUUUGUCUUGGGUAUGUCUGUAUCAGCUUUGCACAUCUGGAUUUGGGGAUUUUCACCCAUUCUUCCUUGCAGAUUUUCUCAAGCUCUGUUAAGUUAGAAGUGGAGUGGCAGUGAACAGCAAUCUUCAAGUCUUUCCACAGAUUUUCAAUGGAAUUCAAGUCUGGGCUUUGGCUGGGCCACACAAGGACUUUCACGUUCUUGUUCUGAAGCCAUUCCAUUGUUGCUUUGGCUGUAUGUUUGGGGUCAUUGUCCUGUUGAAAUGUAAAUAUUCACCCCCAGUCUAAGGUCGUUUGUACCCUGAAGCAAGUUCUCAUCAAGGAUUUGCCUGUAUUUGGCUCCAUUCAUUGUACCCUCUAUCCUUAUCAGUCUCCCAGUCCCUGCUGCUGAAAACCAUCCCCAUAGCAUGAUGCCGCCACCACCAUGCUUCAUGGCAGGGAUGGUGUUAGAUGGGUAAUGAGCUGUGCCUGGUUUUCUCCAGACAUAGCACUUUGCAUUCAGGCCACAUUUUUUGUCUCAUCAGACCACAGAAUAUUUUCCCUUAUGCUCUGAGACUUUCACGUGCCUAUUGAAUAGAAGUUUGAGUUCCUCCCUUCUAAACUCCCCUGUGGUAUUGUGCUCCAUACGGUCAAAAGCUAGUUUAAUUUAAGAAGACCACGAGUGAAAUGACCAUCUAGUUUUUCAGAUGCAAAUAGCACUUUUAGGUAGAGCUCAAAGCAUGCCAUUCCAAGAGCAGCAAAAACAACAGAUUAGUCUAAUUAGUCCUUAGUUUUUGGGUUACACUCAGGUAAAACAAUUUGGCUAAUCUGUAAUUCCAGAUUUCCAAAUCCUAUUCUUGAAGAUCAAGGGGUAUUAAAUUAAUUGGAAUGACUGGAAAUCUGACUGUAAAAAAAAAAAGAAAAUGAUAAUGUAUGUAAAGAUAUAGCCUAAUCAUAUAUUAUCUGUAGUAGAAAGCAACGGGUUAGAAGAAGCCUACAUAACCAACCCAUAAAGUAAAAUCAUCAAUUUAUGGCCAGCUAUGUAAACUCUAACAGAUUAAUCAUACAAUAGAUGUUGUUCAAUUGGUAAUAUUCAUUUUCGUCAUCUUCUAAUGCCUGUUAAGCAGGUUGAUGUUUAUUGGGAUGAGUCUUAUCCUUGAGGCAGAACUGAGCGAUUUCUGUUACAGUGGGGAGAACAAGUAUUUGAUACACUGCCGAUUUUGCAGGUUUUCCUACUUAAAAAGCAUGUAUUUUUAUCAUAGGUACACUUCAACUGUGAGAGACGGAAUCUAAAACAAAAAUCCAGAAAAUCACAUUGUAUGAUUUUUAAGUAAUUCAUUUGCAUUUUAUUGCAUGACAUAAGUAUUUGAUCACCUACCAACCAGUAAGAAUUCCGGCUCUCACAAACCUGUUCGUUUUUCUUUAAGAAGCCCUCCUGUUCUCCACUCAUUACCUGUAUUAACUGCACCUGUUUGAACUCGUUACCUGUAUAAAAGACACCUGUCCACACACUCAAUCAAACAGACUCCAACCUCUCCACAAUGGACCAAGACCAGAGAGCUGUGUAAGGACAUCAGGGAUAAAAUUGUAGACCUGCACAAGGCUGGGAUGGGCUACAGGACAAUAGGCAAGCAGCUUGGUGAUAAGGCAACAACUGUUGGCACAAUUAUUAGAAAAUGGAAGAAGUUCAAGAUGACGGUCAAUCACCCUCGGUCUGGGGCUCCAUGCAAGAUCUCACCUCGUGGGGCAUCAAUGAUCAUGAGGAAGGUGAGGGAUCAGCCCAGAACUACACGGCAGGACCUGGUCAAUGACCUGAAGAGAGCUUGGUCCACAGUCUCAAAGAAAACCAUUAGUAACACACUACGCCGUCAUGGAUUAAAAUCCUGCAGCGCACGCAAGGUCCCCCUGCUCAAGCCAGCGCAUGUCCAGGCCCGUCUGAAGUUUGCCAAUGACCAACUGGAUGAUCCAGAGGAGGAAUGGGAGAAGGUCAUGUGGUCUGAUGAGACAAAAAUAGAGCUUUUUGGUCUAAACUCCACUCGCCGUGUUUGGAGGAAGAAGGAUGAGUACAACCCCAAGAACACCAUCCCAACCGUGAAGCAUGGAGGUGGAAACAUCAUUAUUUGGGGAUGCUUUUCUGCAAAGGGGACAGGACGACUGCACCGUAUUGUGGGGAGGAUGGAUGGGGCCAUGUAUCGCGAGAUCUUGGCCAACAACCUCAUUCCCUCAGUAAGAGCAUUGAAGAUGGGUCGUGGCUGGGUCUUCCAGCAUGACAACGACCCGAAACACACAGCCAGGGCAACUAAGGAGUGGCUCUGUAAGAGGCAUCUCAAGGUCCUGGAGUGGCCUAGCCAGUCUCCAGACCUGAACCCAAUAGAAAAUCUUUGGAGGGAGCUGAAAGUCCGUAUUGCCCAGUGACAGCCCGAAACCUGAAGGAUCUGGAGGAGGUCUGUAUGGAGGAGUGGGCCAAAAUCCCUUCUGCAUUGUGUGCAAACCUGGUCAAGACCUACAGGAAAUGUAUGAUCUCUGUAAUUGCAAACAAAGGUUUCUGUACCAAAUAUUAAGUUCUGCUUUUCUGAUGUAUCAAAUACUUAUGUCAUGCAAUAAAAUGCAAAUGAAUUACUUAAAAAUCAUACAAUGUGAUUUUCUGGAUUUUUCUCACAGUUGAAGUGUACCUAUGAUAAAAAUUACAGACCUCUACAUGCUUUGUAAGUAGGAAAACCUGCAAUAUCGGCAUUGAAUCAAAUACUUGUUCUCCCCACUGUAGGUGGGCAGCUGCAAAGUGGAAAUUGGUUAUGUUGUAAAAAUGUAUGAAAACAAAGAUUUUCGUUUCUUUUUGUUCUUAAUUUAGGGUUAGCAGUGUGGUUAAUUUCAGGUUUAAAAUCCGAUUUUAUGACUUUGUGGCUGUGCCAGCUACUAACCUGCACCUCUUAAGGGGAAAGUAAUCUUAAGUUUGUGUAAUCAAAAAGUUAAGUUACUAAUUACAAUUGGAGAGGUAAUUAGUAGCUGUAAUGGAUUACGUUUAGAAAGUAACCUACCCAACCCUGCUCAAGACUAUAUUCUGGUUUAGGAGGAGAAUGUCUAUGGAAUAGUUUAUGGAAACAGUGUUCCUCAAGUACUACAAGAAGAAGUGGCAGAGGUGGUUUAACUUAACAGAAGCCCAUGUUGGUGUCUGUGGCGAUGCCUACGCACUUGCCCUUCAGCACAGGCGUCAUGACCCCCAGCACGGCCUGUCUCUUCUCUCCACUUCUCCUGCUGUAGGACGCAGAGAAGGUGAAGAAGGUAGUACGUGCAAGAGGGUGUUGUGGAUGAUAACAGACAACGGAAAUGCUCAGAGACCCAUGCCAGCUGUGCCACUGACAUGAGGUGUGUCACAAAUGCACUUGCUGGCUAGGCUACCUAGACCUUUUCAUUCCAAAUUAUUGACUAAAAUGAACCAAAAUAGUGAUGGCAUAUACAGUGCAUUCGAAAAGUAUUCAGACCCCUUCCCCUUUUCCACAUUUUGUUACAUUACAGCCUUAUUCUAAAAUGGAUUUAAUAAAAAAUGUUUCCUCAUCAAUCUACACACAAUACCCCAUAACAACAACGCAAAAACUGUUUUUUAGAAAUGUUUGCUAAUUUAGGAAAUAUAAAAAACAGAACUUAUUUGCAUAAGUAUUCAGACCCUUUGCUAUGAGACUUGAAAUUGAGCUCCGGUGCAUCCUGUUUCUAUUGAUCAUCCUUGAGAUGUUUCUACAACUUGAUUGGAGGCCACCUGUGGUAUAUUCAAUUGAUUGGAUAUGAUUUGGAAAGGCACACACCUGUCUAUAUAAGGUCCCACAGUUGACAGUGCAUGUCAGAGCAAAAACCAAGCCAUGAGGUCAAAGGAAUUGUCCGUAGAGCUCAGAGACAGGAUUGUGUCGAGGCACAGAUCUGGGGAAUUUUCUGCAGCAUUGAAGGUCCCCAAGAACACAGUGGCCUCUAUCAUUCUUAAAUGGAAGAAAUUUGGAACCACCAAGACUCUUCCUAGAGCUGGCCGCCCGGCCAAACUGAGCAAUCGGGGGAGAAGGGCCUUGGUCAGGGAGGUGACCAAGAACCCGAUGGUCACUCUGACAGAGCUCCAGAAUUCCUCUGUGGAGAUGGUUGUCCUUCUGGAAGGUUCUCCCAUUUCUGCAGCACUCCACCAAUCAGGCCUUUAUGGUAGGGUGGCCAGAUGGAAGACACUACUCAAUAAAAGGCACAUGACAGCCCGCUUGGAGUUUGCCAAAAGGCACGUAAAGGACUCUGACCAUGAGAAACAAGAUUCUCUGUUCUGAUGAAACCAAGAAUGAACUCUUUGGCCUGAAUGUCAAGCGUCACGUCUGGAGGAAACCUCGCACUAUUCCUAUGGUGAAGCAUGGUGGUGGCAGCAUAAUGCUGUGGGGGUGUUUUUCAGCGGCAGGGACUGGGAGACUAGUCAGGAUUGAGUGAAAGAUUAACAGAGCAAAGUACAUAGAUCAUUGAUGAAAACCUGCUCUAGAGCGCUCAGGACCUCAGACUGGGGCAAAGGUUCACCUUCCAACAAGACAAUGACCCUAAGCACACAGCCAAGACUAUGCAGGAGUUGCUUCGGGACAAGUCUCUGUAUAUCCUUGGGUGGCCCAGCCAGAGCCCGGACUUAGACUUGAACCCGAUCGAACAUCUCUGGAGAGUCCUGAAAAUAGCUGCGCAGCAACGCUCCCCAUCCAACCUGACAGAGCUUGAGAGGAUCUGCUGAGAAGAAUGGGAGAAUGGGAGAAACUCCCCAAAUACAGGUGUGCCAAGUUUGUAGCGUCAUACCCAAUAAGACUCAAGGCUGUAAUCGCAGCCAAAGGGGCUUCAACAAAGUACUGAGUAAAGUACUGAGUAAAGGGUCUGAAUACUUAUGUAAAUGUGAUUUAAAAAAAUAUAUAUAUAUAAAUAAAUUUGCAAAAUAUUCUAAAAACCUGUGUUUGAUUUGUCAUUAUGGGGUACUGUGUGUAGAUUGAUGAGGGGGAAAAAACAAUUCAAUCAAUUUUAGAAUCAGGCUGUAAUGUAACGAAAUGUGGAAAAGGUCAAGGGGUAUGAAUACUUUGCGAAUGCCCUGUAUACUGUGUGAAUAACUUUUUACUUACUUACAGGUGCAUACUAGAUGAUGCACCCUACAUAAAGCAAGCUCAGCCCUAUUUGUUAUAUUGUCUAGUUGGGUUUUUCUAUAAACUAGGGUACCAUUGAGGAUUUCUUACGCUGGACAACUUGUUACAUAUUGUGGCGGGCAAGGCGCAUGCACGCUGACUUCGGUCGCCAGUUGUACUGUGUUUCCUCCGUCACAUUGGUGCGGCUGGCUUCCGAGUUAAGAGAGUCGUGUGUCAAGAAGCAGUGCGGCUUGGCAGGGUCGUGUUUCAGAGGAUGCAUGGCUCUCGACCUUCACCUCUCCCGAGUCCGUACGGGAGUUGCAGCUAUGGGACAAGACUGUAACUACCAAUUGGAAAUCACGAAAUUGGGGAGAAAAAGGGGUUUAAAUAAAUAAAUAAAUGCGGUGUUAUUAUGUUAUGUGGUGAAAACAGUUUUCAUGGGCACACAUUUCCCCCCCAAAUUAUGCAAUUGCUAAAUCGAAUGCUUCUAACCGAAAGAGUCACCUGACCUUGAUACUUAAAAUCUAAAUUGAUACUGCCGUUAAUGUGGUUCUUCAGUAAUUUUGUAUGUUACUUGUUGGAUGCACAUUUUGGUUUUGAGCUGUUUAAUUAUGCAGUGAUAAUUUCACACAUCAUCAUCUGAUCCAGGAAGGACUUUUCUAAAUGACAGUCAAGUUAUGAACAGCUGUUGUGGUAGCGCAUGCAAUGCUGCAACAGCCCAAGUGCUGGAGAAAAAGUGUUUGCGAGGAAUGUCCAGAAUAUUUUGGUGUCUCAUUCAUUAUGCCGGUGAAGACAGUUGUGACUGGAUCGACAAUUGGAUCUAAUAUCUCCAGCGAAUUGAUGUUUAUCAUCUGUUGUAGUCUGCUUGAUUUACAGCAGGGUGUCGUUCGAUUUACAAGAGAAAGCAUAUUGAGUUCAUGUUUUUGUGCCUCAGAUUGGACACCCUGAUAGACUAUUGCACAACACCCAACACAAUUCUUAUACAUUUUUCUGGAUAUAAUGACAACAAAUUAUAUAGCCUAGUGGGCUUCUUCACAAUAUCAUCUGGUAAUGAAAUAACAUCACAAAUAUAUUUACGUUUCCAUGUUACACCUGCAAUUUAAACAAGACAAGGGGUUUGAAGUAGCCUAUUUGAACUUGCUGGCUUCAACUUGGCUUUCCAUACAAAUCCUUACAUUACAAAAAAUUACCUGGUUUUUGGUUGCUUUCUCGUUAUAAAAACAGACAUGGUGAGAUAAAUGCUACCGCUAUUCAUGGCUUUAUUAUGUGUGCUUGUGUCGGCCACAUAAGCUACAGAAAAAUCGCCAUGCAUGCUUCCAAUUUAUUUAGUCAGGCAAGUCCACAUUAUUCUCACAUUUUAUAAUAAUAAUUAGAAAAUCAAUGCAUUGGCAAGGCCUAAAAACACCUUAGUUGGCUGGCUUUCUAUGGGCUGAACAAUGCUAGCUAACGUUAGCGAUGCUAGCUAAGUUAGUUGCUACUUACUAACCACAAGAUUGUAACAUUUAACAGGGUGCAGUUGUCUAAUGAUUUGAUUUGAUUAACAUGUCACUUGUGUUAGUGCCCUAUUCAUGAUGUUAGCGGCAAACGAUGUCCAAACUCCAAAGGUUUGUGCUAGCUACUGUGUGUUUGGUUAUCCUGGAAGCGGAAGGACUGGGCCGGUCCUAUGUAAACCAAUAGAUCAUGAUUUGUUCGAUUCGAAACGGAGAGAUCCAACCAGCAUAGGGUGCAGCCUUGAAGUCUGAGGGCACAGCCCCUUCAUUAUCGACACUUUGUGCCAACACAUCAAAGCAUCCUUUACAGCAGGGUUCCCCAACUGGCAGUCCGAAGGCCAAAUGGGGUUUUAUUUGACCCCCCAAGUUUUCUGAACAACUUGUAAUUUUCAUUGUUGGCCAUAAAAUACUGUAAAAACACCAGGAAAUCAGCUCCAAGUGAUUUUAAUUUAAGUUAUCAAUUCCCAAGUAUUCCCACGCAUAAUAGAUUAUAGUAAAGACAUUUCAUUUAACUGGAAAGAUGUAUCACCUUUUAAUAUGGCAUGAACACAACCAGUCAUGAUGUUUAAUUCUGGUUGUGAAAUAAAUCACUUAAAAAAUUAGGUUACCUUCGCACGUUCGUCCAAAUAUAUUCCAGCAUCCGAACAGUGCACUUUGCACCCACCAACUUUCCUUUAAUUCGCAAGUGGCUGAAACUACUGUCUCACCGGAGAAGCAUCCGAGCGAGCGAAACAGCGCCCCUCUGUCGUACCAUAUGUACACUACAUGACCAAAAGUAUGUGGACACCUGCUCGUCGAACAUCUCAUUCAAAAAUCAUGGCCAUUAAUAUGGAGUUGGUCCCCCCCUUUGCUGCUAUAACAGCCUCCACUCUUCUGUGUAGGCUUUCCACUAGAUGUUGGAACAUUGCUGCGGGGAUUUGAUCCAUUCAGCCACGAGCGUUAGUGAGGUCGAGCACUGAUGGGCGAAUAGGCCUGGCUCGCAGUCGGUGUUCCAAUUCAUCCCAAAGGUGUUCAAUGGGGUUGUCAGGGCUCUGUGCAGGCCAGUCAAGUUCUUCUCCACCGAUCUCGAAAAACCAUUUCUGUAUGGACCUCACUUUCUGCACGGGGGCAUUGUCAUGCGGAAACAGGAAAGGGCCUUCCCCAAACUGUUGCCACAAAGUUGGAAGCACAGAAUCGCCUAGAAUGUCAUUGUAUGCUGUAGCGUUAAGAUUUCCCUUCACUGGAACUAAGGAGGCUGAACCAUAAAAAACAGCCCCAGACCAUUAUUCCUCCUACACCAAACUCUACAGUUGGCACUAUGCAUUGGGGCAGGUAGCGUUCUCCUGGCAUCCGCCAAACCCAGAUUUGUCCAUCGGACUGCCAGAUGGUGAAGCGUGAUUCAUCACUCCAGAGAACGCGUUUCCACUGCUCCAGAGUCCAAUGGAGCUUUACUCCAGCCGACGCUUGGCAUUGUGCAUGGUGAUCUUAGGCUUGUGUGCGGCUGCUUGGCCAUGGAAACCCAUUUCAUUAAGCUCCCAACGAACAGUUAUUGUGCUGACGUUGCUUCCAAAGGCAGUUUGGAACUCGGUAGUGAGUGUUGCAACCGAGGACAGACGAUUUUUACGGGCUACGCACUUCAGCACUCGGCGGUCCCGUUCUGUGAGCUUGUGUGGCCUAUCGCUUCGCAGCUGAGCCGUUGUUGCAACUAGAUGUUUCCAGUUCACAAUAAGAGCACUUACAGUUGACCUGGGCAGCUCUAGCAGGGCAGAAAUCUGACGAACUGACUUGUUGGAAAGGUGGCGUCCUAUGACUGUGCCACGUUGAAAGUCACUGAGCUCUUCAGUAAGGCCAUUAUGACAUGCCAUACUCUUUUUGUCCAGACAGCAUCAGAUACAUGGGCCACACGCACUGAGACAGAUGGGCUCUGUUUCGCCGGCUCGGAUGAUUUAUCUGAGAUUGAUGCGUCUUCCUGUCGGCUCUCAAAUAAAUUAUCAAUAUUGAAAUAUCUGAAAGAUUUUAUUUGGACGGCCAAUGAGGUAUGAUGGUAGGGCGGACCAGGCCCCCUAAGGCCCGCCCAUAACGCCGGCCCUGGCGACUAUUAGUUUGAGUAUAAAUCUGGCCUCUGGGUUUCGGUAAACCAGCCCAUAAGAUGCCCAGCAUUCGAGUGUUGAGAAUUAGCAUGGAUUCAGUAACCCCAUUUAACCUGUUGUCCAAAUGCCAUUGUCUUGUAUUCACAAUUACUAUGUUAUCUGAUGUUAUAUAUGUCUUUGUACAUUUGAACUGAAAUUCUCUUAUUGUUAUGGUUCCAAAUGUUCUCUUGUCCUUUCCUGUAGGAGAAGCACAUACAACCACCUUAGCAGCUGGCUGACUGAUGCUAGAAACCUCACCAACCCUAAUACCGUGAGUCAGCCAGCUGGAAAUCUGAACUCCUGAUCAGACUGUGGGAUGUCUUUACAAGACAGUUGUAUGUUUUUAUGCUGCCAUGACAACCCUGGCCUGUGUACUAUCUCCCCAGGUGAUCAUUCUUAUUGGUAACAAGGCAGACUUGGAGGCCCAGCGAGAUGUAACCUAUGAGGAGGCUAAGCAGUUUGCUGAGGAGAACGGUACGUUUUAUCACAGCAUCAUGGGAAAUCACAAAGUUUGAACAAUCACUUUCUAUUUGCAAACAACUUUUCUUAUCAACCUAAUUCAGUAUUUUGUUUUUUUGCAGGUCUAUUGUUCCUAGAGGCUAGUGCAAAGACGUAAGUUAACACACCCAAAUGUUUUCACUUGCAUCAAAGAGUACAUUGAAGUUGUGGGGGGACUAGUCAGUCCAUUGUGCCUGAGUCUGUUGUUUUCCUGUAACCCAGGGGUGAGAAUGUGGAGGACGCGUUCCUGGAGGCAGCCAAGAAGAUCUACCAGAACAUUCAGGACGGAAGCCUGGACCUGAACGCCGCCGAGUCUGGUGUCCAGCACAAGCCCUCCGCCCCGCAGGGCGGCCGGCUGACCAGUGAACCGCAGCCCCAGAAGGAAGGCUGCAGCUGCUAA